AUGACUUGGAAUUCAGCUUGUAGUAUUGCAUCCGAUGAUGAGAGUUCUCGACAUAGUUUUUUAUCUGAUUGUGAUUCGGAAUUUGAUCUAAGACCACCGCCACGAUAUCCGGCGGAAAAGCGAUCAUAUUCUACAUCGAACAAACAAACAAUCAACCGUAUUGAACCACCUUUAACAAGAUCGAGAGCAAAAGCAUUGGAAAAAUCCUUGACACCGGUGCAACUAUCAUCGCCACCACCAUCACAAAAACGUCAAUCAACAGUACGACGUAGCGUGGAUGUAUUCACAGGAAUGGCAUCGGCAUUAACGAACAAUCUGAAUACGACUUCUAUUCUUUUUCCCAAGCAAGAAUCAACUAAUGAGCGAAUAUCAACUGCGCCAUUGGACGGUGUGAAUAUAUUAGCUGAUCGAUUUGAAAGCUGCAGUCUAGACGAAGGACGGCUAAACAAAAAUUGUCUUUGGCCAAGUCGAGAAACAAAUAGCCAUUAUCAACGUCCGAUUCCUUCAUCAUUUUCCGCGAACAUGUUCGACACAAAUGCAUUCUCUCCACUGAAUCAUUCUCCAUUAUUUCGUCAACAACAAGCUCAGCUAUGGUCUCGUUUUCGAUACGCUGCUUCCACACUUCGUGAUAAUCUAUGGACUGAACAAACCGAUUCUUCUUGUCAACAAGUUCCUUCAAACAUCUUCACAUCUAACCACAACUAUCUUUUCAAUGUGAAUCAUCAUCCUACUAUGCUAAUACCACCGCAGACAGUGCCAACUCGAUUAUUAACUUUUCCAAAUCGCGUUCAACCCGCCGAAGAGCCAUCGUCUUCUCUCUUCAGACAACGUAAGAUUACAUCGACAACCGAGCCAAUACCAUCUACACAUAAAACCGACGAUGCUCCUCUUCGUCAAACAUUUUCGUCGAAACUAUUCUUUACUCUAACCAUAUUCGUUAUUGGUCUAACUCUUGGCUAUUUGCUCACAAAUACGUUGCCACCAAGUCUAGCUUGGAAAUUAUGCGUGAAAUAUUUCCAAUACUUGUGUCUGUAUGUCCAAGCUACACUAAAUUACUUAACUACUGGUUAA